UCUUUCAGAAGAUAGCCAAGUUUCUUGCACGCACCAAUCAGAUUAUUCAAUCACACGUUUUCGUCUUGAAACGAUGACUGGCGUAGGAGCGAAAUUGUCCCGCCUGGAGCCAUCUAUUGAACCAUGAACCAUGAACUAGGUAUUAAUUAAUUGUGACAUAUACAUAAAAAGAAGUUUACAGAUAUGCUGUCAAAAUAUAUAAAUACUAUAUUUACCUACGGAAAAUGUUUACAGUUAUUUCAGAACCAUGUACCAGCAUUGCUCACUACUAUUAAUCAAUCCAAUGACUUUACACAAGCCAGAUAUAUCGCUAAGCAUUGGAAUCCAAAAUUUAAGAAAGAAAGGAGGGAAAAGGUUAUUAAAAUUAAACUUCCAUCAUUUGAAAAUGAGGAUGAAGAUCCUACUAAAUUAAGCAAAGAACAAAUACGUUCACGUAUGAAGGAACAUGGUUUCGUUCCACAAAAACAAUGGUCAGAAAGACCGGCAUAUAUGAGCUGUACUCCUAUAAUUUUUGAAUCAUAUAUUGCUCCUGAAGGAGAUGGAAAAUAUUCUGCUAUUACUAAAGAGGGAGCAAAACAAAAAUAUUCAUUUUUGAAGAAGAAGAGCAAAUCUUUAUUGGCCAUUAGAAAAAUUAAAUCAUUUGAUGAUAUGUUUAAAACAUCUCAUUUUAUAGAAGAAGCCAUUGAUAUUUAUAAGAAAGCAUAUGAAGCUUUAGCUGCUAAGGAGGGUGAGGAGAAAUUAUUACAAUAUGUUACUGAAACUGCAUAUCCUAAAAUGAUACAUAAUAUGAUGGACAAAACUAUACAUUGGAAGUUUUUGGAAUCAUUAGAACCUGCCCGUGUCGUACAUAUGAGGACUACAGACGUAAUAACAAAAGAAAAUGUUUUCGCACAAAUUACUGUUCGAUUUCAUACGCAACAGAUAUUAGCGAUUUACGAUAGGUUCGGUCGAUUAAUACAAGGGAGUGAAAUCCUGAGAAAAGAUGUAUUGGAAUAUAUAGUAUUUGAAAAACAUUUAGCUAACGAAUAUGGUAUUUGGCGCAUUCAUGGUAAGAUUAUACCAUCUUGGAUGACUCCAAAGGAUAUAUCAGAAGGCACAUAUGUUCUACCAAAACAGAAACAUGAUCCUAUGCCCACUGAACCAGCUCCUAUGGAAACUACAUUAGUUGAAAAUACAUCAAAAGAUUCCACAAAUGUGCAAUCUUUAUAAGUGAUGCUUAUAUUGUAUUUUAUCAAUUAAUUGUAUUAUUAUUAAAAUAGAAAAAUAUAGAAAUAAGAACUUGCGUAAAUGCAGGUAAAGGUGCCUCAUAGCCUCACUCCUCCUUCAACUCAUCCUUCGCUAUCUCUGUGAGAAGCUUAUUCUUGUCCAUGAUACCAGCACAAAGUUUCAGGGACAGUCCCUGGAAAUAAUCGCGCAGUACAACAAACGGAAUUUUUUUGGUACUAUUUGUCGGCAACUGAUCACGUCGCCUGCAAUUGACCACAGUCGUCAAGUUAUCGAAACGAAUGCCGAACGGAUUCAUCAGCGGCUGCGAGGAACGAUUGCCGCCUCGAUUAAGUUAUGACCUCUGGCCAAUUAUACUUGCCUCACGAGUGUGUCGUCCGACAUAUUUGUAGCAUGGAUUUUCAAGUACUUAAAAACCUACGUAAUCUUUCCACAUAUUCUAUAUCGUUGAAUUAAGCCGUGCGCUUUAAGAGUUUUUUUUUUUUUUUAGUUAUAAUCUGCUCGCAUUUCUGGGAUUUGCAAUUUGGAUAUAGAUUAUGUAUACAGGGUGUUCAAAAAGUUCCGGUACGACCAUGUAACUCUUGAAAUAUUGGAUAUCGUAAAAAAUUUUUUCGGCAAAAGUUGCAGGGAAUAAAAAAAGGUAUUCAAUAGUAAUCUUGACCUUUAACCUUGAAGUAACCUUCAAAGUCAAAUGAAGAUCAACCCCGUUUUUUCAAAUAGAAGCAUGUGUUUUUGAUAGCGGAAAUAGAAAGAACAUAAAAAAUUACGUCCAGAUAUAUCCUUAGUCACGUUGACCUUUGACAUCUAGAGGUCAUUUCAAGGUCAUUGAACCUUACAUUUCUAUAAGUUACGGUAUGGCCGGAUAAAUCUAGAAAUAUUGGUUGUCAUAAGAAACUUCUUCGACAAAAGUUGCAGGGAAUAAAAAAAGGUAUUUAAUGAUGAUGUUAACUUUUGACCUUGAGGUAACUUUCAAGGUGAAAUGAAGGUCAACCUCGUUUUUUCAAACGAAGCAUGUGUUUUUGAUAAAUUGAAAGAGCGUAAAAAAUUACGUCUAGAUAUGUCCUUAGUCAUGUCGACCUUUGACCUAUAGAGGUCAUUUUAAGGUCAGAGGUCAAGGUCACUUUUGAAUACCUUUUCUUAUUCCUUGCAACUUUUGUCUAAGAAGUUUCUUAUGACCAACCAAUAUUUCCACUUUUUAAAUACCCUGUAUAACCAUGCGCGCGAUUUUGCAGCACUAUUUCCUAUCAAGUAUCUCAAGAUCGAACACAGAUGCAUUCCCCAUUAAACGAUAACAAUUUCGGUUUCUGAAAUUAAUGACUAAGUUAUUUUCAUAACUUUAUAAGCUACAAUUAUGAAUUAUUAGUCCGAAAGUGUUUAUGAGUUUAUUUAUAACAAUGUGACGCAGAGAAAAUAUCCAUGUUUGCUAUAAACACAAAAGAAAAUAAAAAAUAAAUAACAUAAAAGAAAUAAUAUCUAAUCACUUUCUGUUUUGCUCAACCUCAUCCUGUUAUGCUUAUUGUUGGCAAAAUAGUUAAUAAUUAAUAGUUAUAUAAUAGUUUAAUAGUUAUAAUUUGAAAUUGGUCUGUUCCUUUGUGUAAAAAAAGAUAGUCUAAUUGUAAAAUUAAGUGUAAUUAUUGCACGCAGAAUUCGUGAUGAGCAAUAAAGCAUUCCGUACCUUAUUCGCACGUAUCAAGGUUGAUUGCUCAUGGCGUUAUCAAUUAUUAAUUCAUGGAUCGUCACGUGUACGUACAUAUAUCCAGCGGGAACACCAAAAA